UUCAUGUGUAAACCCUUAAAGGAAAACGCAAUCGUGCCUCUUAAAAUAACGUACUUAUCUCUUAAUUUGUAGCGUCGUUUUUUGUGUUGUUUGGUGUGCCCUUACCAAAGGGCCCUUCGGAGGGCGAUAUAUCCCGUUUGGAAUGCAAGUGUGUCAAUGUGUAAAGAAAAUAGUUUUUUGCAUUUACUGACGAACCUACUGCCAUUUGCCUGUCAGGGUCCACAGGCUACUUUGACUGCACUGGCUCCAAGAUUCACAUACAUCGGUUAUUGAAGUUUCUGCACAUCUGCUGACUGUAAAAUUAACCUGCAGUAUCAGGCAAUACAAAAUGGAACCUGACGCUCAAAAUACAAACACAGGAAAGAAACGUCACAGCUUGCGAAGUCAUGAUGAAUAUUCUGUACCUCAAAAAAUGUACAAAGGCAUAAACAAUACGGGAGGAACGUGCUAUUUGAACACAGUUUUGCAAAUUCUCUUCAUGACGGAGGAUUUUAGAAAGGCUGUGGAAAGUUUGGAUGAAAGAAAAGUGGACAAGAACAGUCUUUCCUAUGAUCUAAAAAGGUUAUUCCAAAACUUGGAGAAUAAGUCCUCAACCGAACAAAAUAUAGAUAAAAUCAAAUAUGAUUUAGCAAUUCGGCGUGGUUUUACAGGUUUUGGGCAGCAGGAUGCAGCAGAAUAUCUUCUGAAGAUAUUGAGUUUGGUCACUUCUGAUAUAUCAGAGGUAUUCCGGGGAAUGGAGAAAUACACAAGAACUUGCCAAAAUGACACUCAAGAACCCCAUAAACACAGUGAAGAAAAACAUCCUUUUUUUAUUUUACCUGUUAGUAUAGACUCGGAUCAAUUUCAAAACAUUCAUGUACAAAACUGUAUCAAUGACCAAUUUGCACCGAGCCAAACUGAAGAUGUUCAGCUGUUUUGUGAAAAUUGUAAAGCCGUAACCACCAUAAGAUUGAGCAACAUCAUUUCUGAAUCACCACAGGUUCUGGCCCUUCAUUUGCAGAGUUUUGUUCUUGAUAACAACUUACUGACAUACCAAAAAAAGAGUUGUAAUGUGAAAAUACCUGAUAAGCUUUCUGUUGAGGCUGAGUGUGGCAACUACACAUAUGACUUGUAUGGUGUGGUCAACCAUAAAGGAACUCGCUAUUCUGGACACUACACUGCUGACAUCAAGUCAUUUGAGGACCAGCACUGGUAUGAAUUUAACGACUACAAAGUAACUAAGUGCUCCAGAAUAUCCGGAUCAUCUAGACCUGCCAAAAUCUUGGAUGAGGUAGAGGCUUGGCUGAGCUCAGGGAGUGAUGCCAUCCUGCCCAAGGCGACCAAGGACCUACAUGACCUGAGCCCUGAGCAGCUGGAUGAACACUUGAUACAGUUGAUGACCCAGAGCUACAACCAAAAGGAGCUGGUCGAGGUCUACCGGGCCCUCGCCCUCAACCUCAUCGUCCGGUUGAAGCAGAAAGAUGGAAACGUCACCCUCCUCGAGCAACAGACAGAAGCAUCAAAGCUUCCGGAUCAGGAGGCUUGUAGGAGCCAGGUGCAUGAACGUAUCCAGCCAAUCUUGAACAGACCUACCAGCCAAGCACCAUACAAGAAAUUGGGAGCUCGUAGCCCAUCUACCGCCAGGGUCCAAGAGUCACUGAGGUCCUUGACAAGCCAGCAAGAAACAUGCUGUUACCCCACAAGGGACAUUCCUGCCAGAAUGGAGGGGCGUGACUUCACUUGUGCUCGACCCAAUCCUCCAUCAGGAUCAGGAUCCAUCAAUAGGCAAUAUACCAAGGCAGGCUCGUCGGACAACCCAAGGUCCAGUGUUGCAUUUGAACAUAGUCCCCAACCUAGGAGACACCAACCCGAACCGUCACCAGAUCAAUACACCACAAGACCCCCGUGUCAAGAUCAAGCCUCCAGAGCAGGACAAUUCAGGGACCAUAAAGGAGCUGGGUCAAAAAGGCCUAACAAGCUUAACAAAAAGUAUAAGCCAGGCUACUUGUAAGUAUGAGUGGCUGAAAUCAACAAACCUUCCGGAUGCCCUCCUCCUAAAGACAAUUGCCAGAUCACUGCCCACGGCCCCAAAAUCUCUGAGCCAACCUCCCUGACACCAAAAGACUUAGAAGCCCAAAAUGCGCCGAUCUCCCAGAACAAGCCAAUACAGUUCAGUCCAUCGUCGAUCAAGUAGAUCAGGGACUUCACUCUGCACCCUACAACCAGCUGAGGACCCAGACAUUCCCUUUGUUGUCAAGAGCACACGAUUCCCAUUGGACUCCCACCUGUCAGUGGCAUCUGCACUUUCAACUUGAAAUGGAAUAGCCGGUCCUUAACCCACUACUUCCUUGUUCUUCAGGACUCGCCACAUGAUAUCCAUAUUGGGGCAGACAUCCUAGUUCGUCCCCCAGCUCAAAUAGACACUAUUAAUGAUGUGGUGUGGGGCCCAUUGACUUCACAACCCCUUGUGGGCCCUGUCAACCACAUACACCUUGCAACAGGUCAGACCAUCCCAGAAGUCUGUACCCUGGUGAAUGAACUUACAACUGCAGCUCAACAUGCGGUGUGGCAAAACCCUCAACCACACACUAGCCUACUUCCAGCCAUCAGUGGAAUGUGUGGAGCUUGGCCUCACACUGGAAGCCACACCCCUCUCUAAAGUUACAUCCCGUGCAGUUUACAUCCUGUUCAAUUACUGCACAGCUACACCUAUUAAACUUCCUAAGGACUACCGUGUUGAAUGGUUAAUGAGGCAAGAUUUCCAUGAUUUUGAAUUCACCAUACCAGUCAUUGGUCCCAUCCCACCGGGGGAGUUUAGAUAACACAGCUUUCACAGCACCCUUCCAGAUGAUCUACAUCACCUCUGUCAUGCCAAUGGCCAAAGAACAGGUGUUCAGGACCAAACUGACCAAAGACUAUCUUUCAGUGUACACUGUCUGUAGCCAACCCAUCUUGAAGUAGAUGGAAUCAUCCCUCCUGUAACGGUCAACAAGACAGAUGACGCAACGAUGGAGGAGCCUUACCCGGGAUUAGAGGCACAAGUUCAACAAAUCCUGAAGGAUGCAGAUGCCAUACAGGACGGAGAAGGCCUUCGAAAACUUCAACAAGUACAAAGCGUCAUUUGAAAAAGACUCUUAAGAUUGUCGCCCCACUAACCUUCAUAUGGUACGAAUUCCCUCGCACACAAAUGCUCCCCCCAGAUUCGUCCGGCAGUACAAAAUCCCCACUGCUUCAAAUGAGCCAGAACAGGAGAUCGUCGACUCUAUGCUGGAAAAGGUGUCAUCCGGCCCUGCAACACCCACUUCUCAGCACCCAUCUGGCCCGUCCUUUAACCCAAUGGCAAGUGGUGACCAAUAAUUGACUACAGAAAACUAAAUCAACAUUUGUCACAAUGGCAGAUGACUCAGCUGGAACAAUAGAUCCCCAGGAUAAGGGGAGCUCUUAUCUUCUGUACGCUUGAUGUAGCCUCAGGUUUCUGGACUGUACCGGUGCACACGGAAGAUCAACACAAAAUGGCCUUCACCUUUGGAAACCGAAACACCUUCACACGGUGCCUCUGUGGUUAUGCCAACUCACAAGCCGAAUUCAACAUUUUCCAACAAAGCGUGCCCAGAUGCCAGAGUGAGAGUCAACCUCAUCUACGAAGAUGACAUCCUCAUGGAGAGUACGACAUGUUGCCGACCACCUAAAGGAGAUAGACAUCGUCCUGGACCAACUGAGCAAUGGACUUGCUGCAUGUCAUAGCUGCUCUGAUGCCACACCAACUACAAUGUUGGAGACAGAGGAAACCCAGCUGCAAUAAUUCACCUGUCACAGGUACUUUGAAGAAAAUGUAUGCCAAGGCAUGCCAACGGUCUACGUCAAUGGAUACUCAUACAACCACCAGGGUACCCUAAAGGCUGGAGAAGGUAUAUUGUGGGUAAAAGCUUUCCUGUAGCUCAGUGGUAAGAGCAUUGCGUUAACAAUGCAAGGUUGUGAGUUCGAUCCCACAGAAUUGCAAAUACCUAUGUAAAAUGUAUAGGAUAAACCAAUGUAAUUCGCUUUGGAUAAAAGCGUCUGCCAAAUGCCUAAAUGUAAAUGUCAAAUGCCUAAAUGUAAACAACAAACCUUGCCCACCCAAACACUUCAACCUGGGACCACAGUCAUCACAGUGGGCGGAAUUGGCAGCCAUCCUGAUCACCUGCCAGAUUGCCUAAACUCACAGCAUCAAAUAACUCCUUAUCUACACGGACUCAAACUACGCCAGACAGAAGAGCCAUCUUCACAUGCCAUCUCCCUGGCUGGACACAAAAUGGUUUCAGAACUCCUUAUGUAAGGCAGUUGGAAAAGUCCUAAGAACUAAGGUCGUUUGUGAUGCUUGGACACCAAACAAUAAAACCCCAUUUGUUGCUAGAUCCUGAGGAACGAUAUCCUCUCCUCCCCUCAGGGGUUGUUGAUGCCCAAGAACUGAACCAAAUAUUCCUAUCACACCUCUCCCCUUCAUCUCUUCAGGCCCGGAUCACCGGGGAAAUGCUUAUACAUUUCAUACUGUGCAUAUCAUAUAUUGUCAUAGUAUGAAGUUUUGAUGAUUCAUGUUUGGUAUUGUUUUAAAGGUUAUGGUGCGAUGGGUAAAAAACUUUCAAACUUAACAAAGAGUAUAUUAGAGCUUUACAACUCUAGGACAUAACCUGCACUCCUCUAAGAGGUGUGAUUUUCUCAUCAAAUCCUGUUUACAGAUAGAUUGAGAUCUCAUUUGAUGCUUUCUUCAGUUACGAGAAAAUUGAAUGAUCUACCUGCUUAUACAAGAUCAGCAGAUUCUACAUUUACAUUUACAUUUAGUCAUUUAGCAGACGCUUUUAUCCAAAGGGACUUACAAGUGGGGUAGGUAAUGGAAGCAAUUAGGACAGCAUAAGUACAACAAUAGCAUAAGUGCAAUUAAAAUGAAGACUAGUCUCAUAUAGCCUAACACAAUAUACGUAACCAUUCACUCAUUCAUAUUCAUUUUUUAGUUGAGUAGAGAAGAAAAGAGUAGAGAAGAAAAGAGUCAGAACAGAUCAGUCAGAUGAUGGCGGAAGAGAUGUGUUUUCAGGCGUUUCUUAAAGAUGGCUACAGAAUCUGCAGAUCUUGUAGCAGCGGGCAGAUCAUUCCACAUAGGUGGAACAGAUCCGGAGAAGGUGCGCGAGAGAGAUUUUUUACCUUUAUGGGAUGGCACCAUCUUUAAGAAUCGGCUGAAAACACAUCCCUUCCAUCAGCACCUGACCGAUCAUUUCUGAUUUCUAUAUCUUUUCUACUUGUGAGAAUCUGGAUUUCGUCCUGUCCUCUAAAAAUAUUGCAUCUGUGUUUAAUACAAAGUUCUUAUAUCAUAUACAUACAUAUUCAUUCUCAAAUCAUAUAUAUUCAUUCAUAUUAAUUCAAAUCAUAUAUAUUCAUUCUCAAAUCAUAUAUAUUCAUUCUUAUUUCAUAUAUAUUCAUUCCUAGUAGUAUUAACUUCUAUUCACAUAAUAGGUGCCUUAGUGUCUUGUUGUUUAACCUCGUUGAACGUUGAAUCAUGUGUUUUUGUGUCAUAUGCUGUGUCAUAUGCUGAUAUAGGCAACUGUUGUUGCCAUCCCAAGGUUCCUAAUGAUGUCAAGGGACAAUUGUUUUGAUUAUUGUAAUGAUAGAUGUCUAUUGAAUACAUCUUUGUGAUUAUAUCUGAUUGUGCAGGAGGAAUUAAGACUUAACAGAAAGUCUGGUGAUUUUCCACACUUGUGGUUUUAUAUGACGCCUCCUGUUACAAGCUUAUAAGUAUUUGUCCUAAAUAAUAAACAUUGGACUCUGAUUGAACAAGCA